AUCGGCAGGGCAACGUUAGGCAGGGUUAGGCGCAAAUGGUGACACACUUGAGUCUCGUUGAUAACGUUCCGGCGCGUCGCAAUAAAACAUUACUCACCAACUGCGGAUAAUCAACUGCCUCUAAUUCCGGAUUUACGGCGGUUUCGACUGAUCAAUUCGGUAACAAUGUCGACUAAAAAUGAAAAAAUUGGAAUCGUUGGCAGUGGCUUAAUCGGACGUAGCUGGGCUAUGCUCUUUGCUAGUGUAGGAUAUCAAGUGACCAUUUAUGAUAUCGCACAGGACCAAAUUAAGAAUGCGUUACAGGAUAUUCAUCAGCAAUUGAAAAGUCUGGAAACCAGCGGUCUUCUUCGUGGUACAUUGACGGCAGACCAACAGUAUCAACUGAUAAAAGGAUCGUCCGAUCUAGCAGAAACGGUGAAGGGAGCAAAACUGGUUCAGGAAUGCGUGCCAGAAAAUCUUGCAUUGAAAGUAAAACUUUAUAACGAUCUCGAUAAAGUCGUGGACGAUAAAGUGAUCUUAUCCUCCUCGACGUCCACAUUCCGUCCGUCUCUUUUCAGCGAAAAGAUGAAACACCGUGAACAAAUCAUUGUCUCCCAUCCUGUGAAUCCACCUUAUUAUGUGCCGCUCGUAGAAGUAGUGCCGGCUCCAUGGACGCGAUCUGACAUUCCCGAAAAGACGAAGACUAUAAUGACUGAAAUUGGCCAGAAACCUGUUGUCUUCAGCAGAGAGAUUGAUGGUUUCGCGCUUAACAGAAUACAAUACGCAAUUUUAAACGAAGCCUGGAGAUUGGUAAGUGACGGAGUACUGAGUGCGAAAGACAUUGAUGCAGUAAUGAGCGAGGGUCUCGGAAUGCGCUACGCUUUCCUUGGUGCUUUUGAAGCAGCACACCUGAAUGCCGCAGGAAUGAAAAAAUAUUGCGAGACGUACAAGAAGACGAUUUAUGAUGUAAGCAUGACGCUCGGGCCAGUACCGAAAUUCGAGGGAGAGAUGGCGGAGAAAAUCAGCAACGAGUUGAACGAGAUGUGUCCACUAGAUAAAUUGCAGGAACGACGUGCAUGGCGAGACACUGCAUUGACGAAAUUAUCCAUACUUAAGAAAGAACUUGAUGAAAUCAAGCAAUAAAAAGAAUGCACAUGCCGCACUACUACUGCAAAUCUAAAACUUAUAGAUUUGUAUGUUCUUGUAUAUAACAAUAAAACUCAUACUUGUGUAUAA